UUCCUAUCAUUGUUUUACACCCCUAUUUUUCUCUUCUCUCUUUUUUUUCAUCUCCUUUUCUAAUAUAUUAAUUCAUUCUAUUUAAAAUUCUAAAUCCCUUAAAAAAGAAUUUUAAAUACAUAUUAUAUUUUUAUAUAAUACCUUCUUCUAAAUCCUGUAUCACAUAAGCUUCCAUAAACAUAAUCAUUGGAGAUGGGAAUCCAAAUCAAACACAGCAACCAUGCUUUCCUCAUCCUUAAUGCUUAUCCUUUCUUUUUCGACAGCUCCUCUUCUCUUUCUUGUCCUCUCUCUCUCUCUCUCUCUCUCUCUCUCUCUCUCUCUCUCUCUCUCUGCAACUCUCUAUAUCUCCAAAUUUUUUUAAUCUCUUUCUCUCUCUGGCUUAAUUUCUCUAUCUAAGGAAUCGUGGGUAGUGGGUGAUUUCUUCAUAAAAAUGCUCGAGUAGAAGAGGACAAGCCCGCAAGGUGUGAGGAUUAGAGCAGAGAGAGAGAGGUGUUGCUCUUUUGGGAUAAUAACUGGAAGGAGGCGUCUCAUGCUACUUGCCCACUAACCUUGUCAUCUGGUGAUGGAGUGGUGUUCUAUUCUGGAAAGUGAAGUGGAACUCAAAAUGCUGAUAAAAAAAAACUUGAAAAAAAAAAAAAAUCAGAAAAACAGAAUCACGUGAGUUUCACGAGCACCUGCUAACAGCCCGUUUGCCCAAAUCAUGAACGGGACCAAUUUGCAUUAAUUUUAAAACUUAAAGGUUUAAAUAGCACAAUUUUAAUCGUUGAAGAUCCAAAUUACACAACCUUAAAAAUUGGGUAGCAAAGCCUUUUAUUUUAUUGGGUUUACUUACCAGCAAAUUCUAUAUAUUUUUAGGCUUUUAGGAAAUAAAACAUAAUUAUAUUAUAUGGUAUAUCUAAAAAAUAAAUAGGCAAAAUAAGAUGAUUAGUGUGCUAUAGACAUUGCAGGUUAUGAUCAAAUUCGUAGCGAUAGUAUAUUUUUACACUGCUAUACAUUCUUUUUUUUGUUUUUUUUCCUUUUUUUUUUUGAUGAACAUUCUCAUGAUUAUGAUGAUGUUGUUUGAAAACAAUACUACAUGAGACAUUUUAUAUAUAUGCGCACGUGAUCCAUCUUUUCUCCUCUCAUGUCAAAUCUCAUCACUUUACACAUUGAUUAACUAAUAUACGCAAAUUGCUGCAAAGCAAUAUCUUGCUCUGUCCAACCAAUUAAGCGCAAAGUAAUCAUAAAAGUAUGUAAUUAUUCGACCUUAAUUAGUUCAUUAAUGAAACCAACAAAUAUUUACUAUUUCAUCUUUUGUGCGCACGGAUAAUUAAUAUCUUCUUCUUGCCAUGUUAUAUUUUCUACAGCAAAGCUAUGCGUUUCAAACACGACUUCUUUGAAUAUAACUUAGGGGAGGAGACUUUGAAGUAUAUAAAAAUAUAAAAUAUAAUACGGCCAAAAUACAUUAAACCCCAUUUGGACUAAUAUAUACAUCAUAUUAAUAUUAUAAUAGUGUAACAUAAGCAAUUACCUCAGCAGCUAUAUACUAUUCCAAUAUUCCAGUGUAUAUACCAAAAAUUAAAUAUACUAUUCCAGUAAUAUUCCUUUUAGACAAACAAUAUAUAUAAAAAUUAAGUCAAAUCCCAUGUGGAAAAUAAUACAAAACAACAGUACAAAAAAAAUGUAAUACAAAAGAAAAGUUUGUCUCUCAAACAAUAAUUAAAAGAAAACUAUGUCUGCCGAAUAACUUUUGUAGAACAAAAAACAAAAUAAUAAUAAUAAUCAUUUAAAAUUAUUGACAUCUUUUCCAAUGGUGAGAGAGAAGAAAAUAAUUAUGCAGCUUGAAAAAGAUAAAUCACUAUUGACUAUAUUGACUGUGUAUUCGAUGUGUAUUUAUCGCAGUUAGAUCAAAAAACUCUCUCUCUCUCUCUCUCUCUAAAUCAUAAUUAGUAGCGAUCAGCAGAAAGGAAAAUGUCGAGAGUCUGUUUGUUGCUUGCUUUUGUGCUAAAUACCAGCGUUGGGGUCUUAACGGUUGAGGCUUUUAGCAGACAAGAUUUCCCUACUGGCUUUGUCUUUGGCGCUGGAACCUCAGCUAAUCAGGUGGAAGGAGCAGCAAACGAAGAUGGGAGGACUCCCAGCAUUUGGGAUAGUUCUUUUGCUCCUAGUGGAGGAAUUACACCAAUACCUCCGGAUCAGUAUUACAAAUAUAAGGAAGAUGUACAACUCAUGGCGGAUACGGGCAUCGAUGCCUAUAGAUUUUCUAUCUCAUGGUCAAGACUAAUUCCAAAUGGAAGAGGACCUGUCAAUCCAAAGGGUUUGCAAUAUUACAACAAUCUCAUAAAUGAACUAAUAAGCCAUGGAAUCCAACCACAUGUAACAUUACACCAUAACGAUCUUCCACUGGCACUUGAGGACGAGUACGGUGGUUGGGUGAAUCACAGGAUUGUGAAAGACUUCAUGGCAUAUGCAGAUGUGUGUUUCAGAGAGUUUGGAGACAGGGUUUUGUAUUGGAGUACUGUGAACGAGGCUAAUAUGUUCAGCACUGGAGGUUAUGACAUGGGGGCUAUGGCACCGUUUCGAUGUUCUCCUCCAUUUGGAAUCAAAAACUGCUCCAGAGGCAACUCCUCAACUGAACCUUACAUGGUAGCUCAUAAUAUCUUGUUGGCCCAUGCAUCGACUGCAAAAUUGUAUAGGCUUAAAUAUCAGAAUAAGCAGCAUGGAUUAAUUGGAUUCAUUAUCUUUACCUACGCCAUUGAACGUGUUACAGAAUCCAAAGAAGAAGAUUUUGUUAUUCAGAGAGUAAACGAUUUCAAUUUUGGAUGGUUGCUACAUCCCCUGGUUUUUGGAGACUAUCCAGUAAUCAUGAAAAGAAAUGCAGGCUCCAGAAUUCCAACAUUCACAAAUUACCAAUCCGAACUGGUUAAAGGUUCAUUUGACUUCAUUGGGAUAUUACAUUACUCUUAUUCAAACGUAAAAGACAACCCUGACAGUCUCACCAUGCAACUAAGGGAUUUCUAUGCAGAUAUGGCAGCAACCGUAAACUAUCAUAUGACCAAAGAACCGUUGCCGUUGCUUCCCAUUGCACCAUGGGGUCUUAGAAGGGUGCUGGAGUAUAUUAAGGAAGUUUAUGGCAAUCCUCCUAUAUACAUUUAUGAAAAUGGUCAGGGAUUGACGCUUAAUUCAGAUUCAGCAUUAGAUGACAUUCCAAGGAUUGACUAUUUGCGUGAACACAUUGGAGCACUCCUUGAAGCCUUGAGAAAUGGAUCAAACACAAGAGGGUAUUUUGUAUGGUCCUUCAUCGAUUUGCUGGAGUUAUUUAGAAAACCCAACAAGUUCAGCUUUGGUCUAUACCACGUUGAUUUGGAUGAUCCAGAUCUUAAAAGAUAUCCCAAGAAAUCUGCGUUAUGGUAUUCUAAUUUCUUAAAGGGAGGAAACAUCACUGCUUUAGAUGUAGUGCCAAAACUAUCCUCUGUUUGAGUUUGUACUAAUUCAUCUGUGAGGCAGAGAGAAAAUCUCCAAUUCCGAAGUGAGGUUGAAGAUAAAUAUGACCAUGAUUCAACAUACCAUGUGCAGAGAUGAAUGAAAGAAAAUUUCAGA